UCUGGGCUGCACACAGAGACAAAGGUGGAGCAGUGUAGACGGAUCUGGCAUAAGAAGAGGCAUCAGUGGGAUUAUGAGUAAGAAAUCUAAACCGAGCCAGAGUCUGGAUGAUGCCCAAGUGGAGAUCCGGCGUAAUCACAGCCUUGAUUCCAGCAUUUCCCUCAGGAAACAUGCCAUAGCAGAGGGGAGCCUUGAGCAAUCAAACAAACCCAUCAGCACUCAUAGCUUCCAGAAGCACAAUAAAGCCUUUCACAAACUGUUCCCAGAUGUUCCCAAGGGAGAGAACCUGAUACAAACCUUCACCUGCGCCUUGCAGAAGGAGGUGCUCUAUCUUGGGAAACUCUUUGUCUCUGAGCGCCAUGUUUGCUUCCACUCAGCCGUUCUGCUCAAAGACACCAAGCUGGUGAUACCUACGCCCAGCAUCAGGGAGGUGAAGAAAAAUAACACGGCUUUGUCCAUGUUGUCUAUUCAAACUGUGGAUGGAGGGAAGUACUCGUUAGUGUCUUUGAGGGACCGUGAGAUGUGUUCCAAAAUCCUCCAGAGUGUCUGCUCAAACUCACAGCAGGGGGAGAGUCUAAACAGCAGCGCUCUUCUCUGCUCUGCAGGGAAUGAUGAUGUGGCCUCCAGUUUAACCCCUUUGGAGGACAGCAUAGAUCACGAUCUGAGCCGACAAAGCAGCGUUAAUCUUGACAACGGAUCUCAUCAGAUGUUUGGAGAAGGCCCCAUAAGAUUUAUUUCCACUCGUCAAAGCAGCUUCACCAAUGAAGACGACAGAGCUGUAUCGUGGAUGUGGAGACUCACUGAGAGGCUCGCACCGUUCUCCUUACUCACAGACGUUAGGAAUCACGGCAUCCUCUUCUACAUCUACGUGCUGCUGACUGUUUUGCUGCUGUUGGUAUCAGGAUACAUCGGGCUGAAGAUCAUAGCACUGGAGGAGCAGCUGAAUUCUCUGGGAGCCCUGACUGAGUUGUCUUUACACCACAGAGAGGAUCAAGAAACCUAGCCAGCGGCGGGGGACUUGGACAGAGGGAUCUUUCUAGGAACUCAGGCAAUAUACCACUCUAUUAAGAUCCUACUGUAUGUCUGUCUAGAGAGGGUCCGAAAACUUCUUAACACUGAGGCUUUAUCCAUUUGUCAUACAACACAAUUUAUGCAAUGACAUUUGCAAUAUUGUGCUCAGUCACAGAACAGUUCAACCCCUCUGCUAGCUAACUAACUAGAUGGUGGAGAAGCACCAGGACAGUAUUUUCUAUGAGGAGAGCAUUGAUUCUCUGCUGAUAGAUUGAAAACUGUAGUGAGGAUUUGUUGCAGUGAGCAGCCUGCUGAAGCCUUGUUUAUUUUCUGGCCAGUGAACAGCUGAGCUCAGCUAGCAGUAGUUGCUUGACUAUCGGUCUUCAUUUUCUUGAAUCAACACAAACUAUGACAGUGAGAACACGCCAUAGUCUGUGUCGACAAGAUGACAUAAGCGCUUUGUUGUUAAUGGCAUAUUAUGAAUUUGAGGGUUCACACUGCUGGUGUAAUGCCUAAGAGAAAGGCUGUUAAUGAGAGCAGUCGGCCAGCAGAGGGCAGUCACUGCCAUUGAACCCGACUGAAAAUGAAACAAAUAGAAUUUCAUUCUAAUAAAUUCAGGUGCUGAAAUUUCUACACAAAACAGAUAUCCUAAAUUUUUGCUACUGACCUUUUCCCAUAUCAGUAGGUAUUAGAGAGUCUGGUACAUACAGGGUUCAUACAGGCUUCAGUCAACUGAUUUCUGUGCCUUAAAAUCAAUUUUCAUGACCAAACAUUCUGCAUGAAAAUAUGUGAUGUCCAAAAAACCUGAUAGCAUAUAUGUGACCAGAGGCCUUCUCUGAUACUGUACAAAAAGAGGUUUAAAUUUGAUUUUUUUUUUUAAAGCUGCAUUAAAAUAUUUACUAUAUGAACAAUGUAAAUUAUCAGUGUCAUUUCAGCCAGUCUGAGACUUUAAAGCUUACAUGCUAUUAUUUAAAACCCAGUGUCGCUAUAGUCUGAAAAAUGUGAUUCAAAUGCUAAAUGUGUAACACUGUACAUAAAUAUAAUUUUUG